ACCUGUCCAAAUAAGGACAUAGAUGGUAGCUCGGAGUACAAGAUCAGUUGCGUUUCAUUUGAAAGUCAAUGUUCGUCUUUUAAUGCUAAUGGAUACAGCGGUUACUUGGAGUCAACAAAUAAAGAAGCAAAGGUUGUAGAUGGCAGUUCAUACUUGGGGCAGCGUUCUGGUACCUUGCUGAAGUAGGCAAGUUGUGACUGGAUGCAGUUGACAUUAUUUGCAACCCACUCAUAACUGUACUCUUCCCUCUUGGUACCUUAACAUGGGGAAUCUUCUUAAAGUUUUGACAUGCACAGAUCUUGAGCAGGGGCCAAAUUUUUUCCUUGACUUUGAAAAUGCACAGCCCACAGAAGCUGAAAGAGAAAUAUUUAAUCAGGUGAAUGUAGUGUUAAAGGAUGCAGAAGGAAUCCUGAAUGAUCUACAAUCGUACAGAGGGGCAGGACAUGAAAUAAGAGAGGCAAUACAACAUCCAAGUGAUGAAAAUUUACAAGAAAAAGCAUGGAGUGCAGUGUGUCCACUAGUAGGAAAACUAAAGAAGUUCUAUGAGUUCUCCCAGAGAUUAGAAGCAGCUUUGCAUGGCUUGUUGGGAGCACUGACGAGCACGCCAUAUAGUCCCACACAACACCUUGAGCGAGAGCAGGCUCUUGCCAAGCAGUUUGCUGAGAUCCUUCAUUUCACUCUACGAUUUGAUGAACUUAAGAUGACAAAUCCUGCUAUACAGAAUGACUUCAGCUAUUAUAGGAGAACUUUAAGUCGUAUGAGGAUUAAUAAUGUCCCAGCAGAAGGAGAAAAUGAAGUAAAUAAUGAAUUGGCCAAUAGAAUGUCCCUGUUUUAUGCUGAAGCAACUCCAAUGCUGAAAACCUUGAGUGAUGCCACAACUAAGUUUGUUUCGGAUAACAAGUCUCUACCCAUAGAGAACACCACUGACUGCUUAAGCACUAUGGCGAGUGUAUGCAGAGUUAUGCUGGAGACACCGGAAUACAGAAGCAGAUUUGCAAGUGAAGAAACAGUAUCAUUUUGUCUGAGGGUGAUGGUGGGUGUCAUCAUUCUUUAUGACCACGUGCAUCCAGUUGGGGCAUUUGCCAAAACAUCUAAAAUUGACAUGAAAGGAUGCAUAAAAGUCCUAAAAGAUCAGCCUCCAAAUAGUGUAGAAGGCCUUCUGAAUGCUCUCAGGUACACCACCAAACAUUUGAAUGAUGAGACUACCUCCAAGCAAAUUAAGACAAUGUUGCAGUAAAGCUUAGCAACAAACUGGCUACAGAGAACAGUAUUCUGCAAUGAUUGAGAUGCACAGAUAUGUUUUUAAUGUUUAAAGAAUGCAACUGCUUUUUCUCUUUGUUUUUUAAAAUGUGUUCCUGCUCUUUAAAAAUUGCUAAAGUUAUUUUCUGUGCCAAAUUCUCUAAAAAGACAUAAACAGUGCAAGAAGUGUUUACUUUGUUUUGCGUUUGAUUGAAUGGGUGGUCAUGGAGCACAUUGGCAGCUACUAUUCCAAGUUGGGUGUCUUUGUAUGUGUAAGGAAAUUCAGUAACUUGGCCAAAAUGACAAAGAAAAUCUCUGUUCUGUUUCUACUGAUUAAUAUUUAAUACAGCUUCUGCAUGACAAGGUCUUUUCAUGCUAUGUAAAACAUCAAGAAUGGUCAUUUUCUAUCGCAGCUUCAUUAUGUGCAGCCAUUAAAAAUGGAAGAGAUGUUAAAUUAACUAUAUAUGUUUUAUUGUACAAAAAGGUACCUAGCACAGCAGACUACGAAUUAUAGUACAAGUCUGUUUUGUUAAUACUUAAGUUUGCAUUGACUCAUUUUGUACGAGUGUAUGUAAGUUUAACAUUCAUUAAACUAACUUUAAACUGUGAUGUGUGCAUAACAGAUGCGGAUGCAUGUACAUGUAAAAUGGACAGCUAUUAUCAAAUAAAAUGAGCUUUUGUUUUUCUAAAA